AGUGGGGACAUUUCCUGGCUCAUUUGCAACACAGAGAAGUUGAGUGAAGGGACGCUGGCGCCAUUUGGAGCACAGAACUGGGAAGUGAAGGCAGGGCUGUGGGCCAUAGGGCAGGAGGGAGCCCUGUCCACCCUCCCCAUCUCCCCACAGAACUGCCAGCCACCUGCUCUCCACCUGACCAUGUCCUUGGCCGAGGCCAUCAGACUCUGGAAUGAAGGGGUGCUGGCAGCCGACAAGAAGGACUGGAAGGGAGCCCUGGAAGCCUUCAGCGCAGUCCAGGACCCCCACUCCAGGAUUUGCUUCAACAUUGGCUGCAUGCACACCAUCCUGGGAAACAUGCGGGAGGCGGAGAAGGCUUUCACCAAAAGCAUUCUCCGGGACAAGCACUUGGCAGUGGCCUACUUCCAGAGAGGGAUGCUCUGCUACCAGAUGGAGAAUUAUGACUCAGCUAUUAAAGACCUAAAAGAUGCCUUGACUCAGCUUCGAGGGAACCAGCUGAUAGACUACAAGAUUCUGGGGCUGCAGUUCAAGCUGUUUGCCUGUGAGGUGUUGUAUAAUAUUGCUUUCAUGUAUGCCAAGAGGGAGGAAUGGAAAAAGGCUGAAGAACAGUUAGCGUUGGCCAUGAGCAUGAAGUCGGAGCCCAGACAUUCCAAAAUCGACAAAGCUAUGGAAUGUGUCUGGAAACAGAAGCUGUACGAACCAGUGGUGAUCCCAGUGGGAAAGCUGUUUCGACCAAAUGAGAAACAGGUGGCUCAGCUGGCCAAGAAGGAUUACCUAGGCAAGGCCACGGUGGUGGCUUCUGUGGUGGAUCAAGACAGCUUUUCUGGGUUUGCUCCUUUGCAGCCGCAGGCAGCUGAGCCUCCACCCAGACCCAAAACACCAGAAACCUUCAGGGCUCUGGAGGGAGAAGCCCAUCGAGUGCUCUUUGGGUUUGUGCCUAAGACCCAAGAGGAGCUCCAGGUCAUGCCAGGGAACAUCGUCUUCGUGUUGAAGAAGAGCAACGACAACUGGGCUACGGUCAUGUUCAACGGGCAGAAGGGGCUUGUUCCCUGUAACUACCUCGAGCCGGUGGAGCUACGGAUCCAUCCUCAACAGCAGCCCCAGGAAACCUUUCUGGAGUCUGACGUCCCAGCCCCUCCCAGUUCCAGCGCCCCUGGGAGACCCCCGUUGUCAUCAGGUCAGAACGAGAAAGAAGAGCCCAAGGAGGUACAGCUCAGCGUUCCCAUGCCCUACACCCUCAAGGUGCAUUAUAAGUACACGGUGAUCCUGGAGACGCAGCUGGGGCUGCCCUAUAGCCAGGUCCUCGACGCAGUGUCUAAGAAACUGCAGCUCUUGCCAGAACACACUCAGCUCAGCUAUCGAUCUCGAGACAGCAAUAAGCUGGUCCCCCUUUCAGAGAACAUGAAGGAUGCUUGGGAGCAUGUGAAAAACUACUGCCUGACUCUGUGGUGUGAGUACACCGUGGGUGACCAAGGUUUUCCAGAUGAACCCAAGGAAAAUGAAAAAUCUGAUGUUAAUAACCAGACAACAGAAGAUCAGUUUAAGGAAGGGAGCCAAGUAGUAGCUCUCUUCAAUUAUGAGGCUACUCAGCCAGAAGACCUAGACUUUCUGGAAGGCAAUGUAAUCCAGGUUAUAUCAAUAGUGAAUGAAGAAUGGCUGGAAGGAGAGUGCAAUGGCAAGGUUGGCAUUUUCCCCAAAGCUUUUGUUGGAGAACGUGCAACUGCAUACUUGGAAAGUGCUCCUCAAGGGAUCUAGGAUGUUUCACAACCUGCUAAGCUGAAGAAAAGUAGUACUAUCAUUGGCAAGACUGCGCACAUGUCUGCAGUGCAGUACCCUGUACUGUACAGACAUUAUUUGGAAGUGUUGACUAUUACUUUUUUCCCUGUUAAAAUUUCACACUGAUGUGAGAAUUUAGGAUGAUUACCCUAAGGGUGGAGGAGUAGGGUGAAAGAAGUAUCUGGAAUCUGGAAGGGCACUAGAGGGUCUUCUGAUACCUGUUUCUUGGUAAGUGCUGGCUACCCUGGUUUGUCUACUUUAUGAAAAUUCAUGGAAUUGAACACUUGUGACUGGUGCGCUUCUGUGUAUGUUUGGUACCUCAAUAAAAAACUCAUAAACAAGACACCCAGAGUCCAG